AUGGAGGAAUAUGACCGGCCCCUUGAACACCUUCACGACUGCACGAGGAAGGCUGAGGGUUUUAAAACCACCAAGAGACAUCCUUCUCUUAAAACUCUUGAGCUGAUACGCGAGCGUGGAGUAGCACGAGCCGCAGAGAACCAAGAAGUCACGUCCAAGCUCGCAAGGCUUUGCAGAGAGGAGAUAAAGGAAGACCUCAAAGAGAGAAAAGCAAAAGUGCUGGUUGAAGCUGCAGAGGCGAAGGGGAUGGAGAAUAUCAUCUACGACUUCUACUCUGAUCUCUUCGACACCUACGUCCACUUGCCUCCUGACCAUCUGAGGGAAGACAGACAUGUCAUUCCAGAAGUUCUCCCGUCCGAAGUACUACAUGCUAUUAUGUCGGUAAGAAAUCGUACGGCACCCGGUUUCGACAGAAUAAAACCUGAACACCUGAGGAACCUUCUGCCAGUACUCAUCAAUACCCUGGUGAGGCUCCUUACACGUUACCUGUCGAAAUACAAGGUUCCUAAACCGUGGAAGACCAAGGAGGCCGUGUUGUUGUAUAAAAAGGGAGAUCCACAUGACAUCGGCAACUAUCGCCCAAUCUGCUUACUGAUUGAAAAAGUCUUGGAUCAAGGACAGCCAUGCAAGCAAGCAAGGUUUCGAAAAGGAUUCAGCUGGGCUGACCACAUUCACACUGUUUCGAAACUCAUCGUGGUGUCACGAGAAUGCAAGAUACCGCUCUGUCUCACCUUCAUCGACUUGAAGAAGGCAUUCGACACAGUUGAGACGGAAGCGGUCGUGGAAGCCUUGGACAACCAAGGUGUCCCUACUAAGUACAUAAAGGUGCUUCGAGAGUUGCACAGCAACUUCACGACCGGAAUUUCGCCAUUCUACAAGGAUAUCAUCAUUGACGUGAAGAGAGAGGUCCGUCGGGGUGAUACAAUCUUACUCAAAAUAUUCACGGCCACCCUCGAGAACGCAGUACGAAAAUUGGAAUGGAAGGACAUGGGCCUCGAGAACGCAGUACGAAAAUUGGAAUGA